UCGACUGGUCGGCGCGAUUCGGGCGAUAGUAUCGAAAUGUGUGUCAGGAGGAGUGACGCAAGUCGUUGUUUACGCCUGCGAGCAGUGAGAAUUGCGAGAUGGAGGUUCAGCCGUGAAUUGAGGAGUCGCCGAGUGUCUUUUCCUCCGCGGGUCGGCCCUGGGCAGAAGGGUUGGCCGAUGAGAAAGCGGGCGAGCAGCCCUCCUCGAGCCGAGCAGCAGCGCAAGAGGAACAAGAUGUCGAGCGGCGGCGGCAGCAGCAGCGGCGGCGGAGGCGACUCGUCCGACCUGGCCAGCCUGCUCGAGUGUCCAGUGUGCUUCGACUACGUGCUGCCGCCCAUCCUGCAGUGCCAGAGCGGCCACCUCGUCUGCUCCAACUGCCGGCCCAAGCUCAACUGCUGUCCGACGUGCCGAGCGCCGCUCGGCAACAUCCGCAACCUCGCCAUGGAGCAGGUGGCCAACACGCUCAAGUUCACGUGCAAGUACAACGCGAGCGGGUGCGCGUUGAGCCUGGCGUGCGGCGACAAGGCCGAGCACGAGGAGCAGUGUCCGUUCCGGCCGUACAGCUGUCCGUGUCCGGGCGCCUCGUGCAAGUGGCAGGGCCCGCUCGAGCAGGUCAUGCCGCACCUGCUGGCCGCGCACAAGUCCAUCACCAACCUGACGGGCGAGGACAUCGUCUUCCUCGCCACCGACAUCAACCUGCCAGGCGCCGUCGACUGGGUGAUGAUGCAGACGUGCUACGGACACAACUUCAUGCUGAUCCUGGAGAAGCAGGAAAAGUUUGAGGGGCAUCCGCAGUUCUUCGCGGUCGUGCAGAUCGUCGGCUCUCCGAAAGAGGCCAAGAACUUCGCCUACAAACUCGAGCUGAACGGCAACAAGCGCAAGCUGACCUACGAGGCGGCGCCGCGCUCCAUCCACGAGGGCGUCGCCGCCGCCAUCAACCACUCGGACUGCCUCGUCUUCGACCCGAGCAUCGCCAAGCUCUUUUCCGACCACGGAAACCUCGGCAUCAACGUCACCAUUUCCCAGAUUUAAAACCACCCUCCGAACUGUUGAUUUUCCCCCCGAAUUAAGAGAGUGAGCCUGAAAGUGAGAUUAGCCGCGAGAGUGCGUGACCCGAUAUCAAAUAUUGGUUAUAAAUAUUGUGUUAAUUUACCUUGGAUAAGAUUAAAGAGAAUUAAGUACACUA